AAAGCUGCUGAGAAGCUACCAUAAUCUAAGAAUAACAAUUAUUUAAGACGCUAUCGGCUAUCACUCAGCCACAAUAGCUUCGUAUAAUUCCACCUCCAAUUAUUUUCUCCACAUCAGUUCGUAUUAGCAAAGUCGCUGUAGUGGGAGCACUUGGACACUUCCAAGCGAUUACGAUCAACGAAAAUGAUCACCGCCUUCAAAAUACUAGGCGUGGCCAUGAUGGCCUCGUCUCUUCUUUCUCCAUCGACGGCGCAGGAUGCAAACUCCAGAAGUAUCUCUGACGAGAGCCCUGAGUCCAAAGAAACCUCAUUCAACUAUCCACAGUACAUCGAACCCCGAGAACAAAACACUUAUCCAGAAAAUUUUAAGUCUGCAGAAACGAAUAAACAAUCUGUUGAUAACCAGAAUGGUAAUGACACAAAGUCUAGUGCCCAAUCAAAUUUUGUAAGUACAUCUCAGUCCAAGGAUAUAUCUGGUGGUAACGCGCAGAGUGUAACUGGAUCAGCCAAUCAAACGGAAACUUCAACUCAAAAUAACACAAAAGCACAGAGUCAAGUUGAUCAGGCACAAACAGCAGAGACAAAUAAUCAAACUAAAUCACAAAAUAAUUCACAAGCAGUAGGGCAGCAAUCUCAAGCGCAAGCAACAGCACAAUCUCAAGCCACCGCGAAUAAUCAAACUAUUGAUCAAAAUUCGACCACUGCCCAGUCAAAUGCCCAAAAAUCUGCUAUUGCCCAGACAACUGCGCAAUCAGAAACACAAAAUAAUCCACGAGAUCAAGCAAAAACAACAUCACAAUCUGAAGCUACCACGAACAAUCAAACAAAUGCCCAAAAUCCUACCAGUACUCAAACAAAUGCUCAAAAGUCUGCCACUACCGAGACAACUGCUCAAUCAGAAUCCCCAAAUUAUACGCAAGCUCAAACAGCAUCACAAUCUGAAGCUUCCACUAAUAAUCAGACUAAUAGCCAAAACUCUGCCACUGGUAAACCAAAUGACCAAAGUAAUGGCCAAAAUCUAGCCACCACCAAACCAAAUGACCAAACUAAUGGCCAAAUCCCUGCCACCGGUAAACCAAAUGACCAAAACCCUGCCACUAAUCAAACAAAUGCGCAAUCAGAAACUUUUAAUUCCAACGAAAACAAAACACAAGAGGCUGAAACAGAGCAAAAACGAAAGGAAGUAGUUCUUGAAAUAUACCAGAACCAGUCUGAGGAGAACAACUCAUCAGCUGGAGGCAACGCUUCUGCGAGUGCUGCGGAAAGCGCAGCAUCAGAGCAGGAAGCGUCUCCAGAAAUCUCCAACGAAAAUAAAGAAGAGGUGAAACAGCCGCAACCGAAUAUCGUGAUCAUCAUGGCGGACGAUUUGGGCUGGAACGACGUCUCCUUCCACGGCUCCAACCAGAUCCUGACGCCCAACAUCGACGCUAUCAUGUACACGGGGGUCUCCCUCCAGCAGUACUACACGGAUGCGUGGGGCUCCGCCGCAAGGACCGCAUUCCUCACCGGGAAGUACCCUAUGAGGCUUGGAAUGCAAGGACCUUCAAUCAUGGCCCACGAGGACCGCGGCCUACCCUCCGAGGAGACGACCCUGCCGCAGCGGCUGCAGCAGCUCGGUUACAGCACCCACCUGGUAGGCAAGUGGGGGCUCGGCAAGUCCCGCCCCGCCUACCUGCCUACCAAUAGGGGAUACGACUCGUUCUUCGGCUUUCUGGAUGACUCGAUCGAUUAUUACACAUUCGAUCAUAUUGAGAACUACAACAACAGCCAGCUAUUCGGGCUGGACCUGUACAACGACAUAACUCCGGCGCCGGAGCCGCAGGGCCACCUGACCGAUGUGCUCACAGACCACGCCGUGCAGUUGAUUCGCAGCCACGACAUCGCGCGCCCCCUCUUCCUGCAGGUGUCGCACGCGGCGCCCCACGCCGGGGGCGGCAUGGUGAGCCUGCAGCCGCCCCCCGGCGCCGUGGCCUGGAACCACCACGUCGCGCACUCCACUAGACGCCUCUAUGCUGGUAUGGUGACGAGCUUGGACCGAAGUAUCGGUGACAUAGUAGCCGCUCUAGCCGACAGCAAAAUGCUUCAGAACACCAUCAUCGCAUUUGUGUCAGACAACGGCGCAGCUCCCGUCGGGAAAACUCAGAACUACGGAACCAACCUGCCUCUCCGAGGUCUUAAAGGGACCCCGUUUGACGGAGCUGUGAGGUCCGCAGCAGUCCUGUGGCAUCCAGAACUAGAAGCUGAUAGUUGGGAAGGUCUCUUCCACGUCACAGACUGGGUGCCGACUCUAGUAGCAGCCGCAGGAGGCAACGUCACGGCUGAAAUAGACGGAGUCAACCAAUGGGAUGCCAUAAGAAAAGGAGAAGUGUCAGCCAGAAACGAUAUGCUCAUAAGCAUUGAUGACCUAAACGGCUGGGCCGCCAUCAGAGAAGGGGACUACAAGCUAGUCAUCGGUACAGUUGAUCCUAGUCUUAGCGACUACUACGGAGAAUCCCUCAUGGGUGUCAGGUUCAAAUCACCGUCCUACGAAGGCACUCUCCUAGAUUGUGAGACAGCCAAAGUAAUCAAAGAAUCGCUGGCUAAGGAUAUCGAUAUCAAUGUUGCUAUUAUAAGAAGAAACGAAUCCACCCUGAGUCCUGCUGGCCAGAUUAACAUCACCGACCUCUGCAUACCCAACAAUGAAAAAGGCUGUCUAUUCAACAUAAUAGAAGACCCGCACGAAGCCCACGACCUGUGGGCGCAACUCCCAGAGCUGGUCAAGCGCCUCACUCUUCGCCUCCGAGCUCUAUGGUCAGACAUGCGAGGGCGGCACCCAGCGCGCCCAGACGCUCGCGCGGACCCCGCCCUGCAUCAGCACGCCUGGGCGCCCUGGCUGGAGGACUCCGAGCCCGCCCCCCUCCACACCCCGCAGCCCCCCGAGUUCCCCCUCCGCGUCACCAAGGCAGAGCUGCAAUACCUCGUCGACAUCAACCUUGACGCGUUUAAGACUAAAAUAUACGAAUCCAUCAAUAGUAUGGGCAACUCAUUUGUUAAGAGUGUCGGUAGCUUGUUCAGUUUUAAAUAACCAUUUUUAGUAUAUUUUUUUUGAAUAUUUAUUAAAGUAUUUUGUUGUUAAUAUGCGUCAUUGGCUAGAUUAAGCUUACGCUUGACUGGGAUUGUGCCUAAAAUAACGCGUUAGGCGUUGACAUGCGCUGAGGCGAGCGCGCCUUUGAUCAUCGUGCCCGUAAUUAGGGGGCACUUGUUAGCUUUAGGUCAACUAACUGAGGAAAAUGAUGUAGCUUUUGCAUGAGUAUAUACAGGGUGCUGGCGGUUGCUGUAGAGAGGUCAUUUCUGCCGCAGGUCGGCUGCUCUGUCUUGUGCUGACGGCGCUAAGUAUGAUCCUAUACCUGUUGUAACGCAAGUGAGGACUGCAAUCUACAUUGUAACGUUAAGUAGAUAAUAAUAUUAUAGGUUUGACAGAGAUACAUUGUAGUGUUCUAUAGUAAAUUUUCUGUACUUAAGUAUUCCUAAGUUCAGUUUGAUUUAUUACGAAAUAAUAAAAGCUUUAUUCAUAAUGUUA